UGUAGCUCUAUGUAUCUCCUUUAUGUUCACUAGUCUCAUAUACCUAUCUUUUCCGUGUACAGUUGUUGUGAGAAUUUCUCAUACUUCAUCAUACUGCAAUCUUCAUCAUAUACAGUAUACGCAUACUGUACAUACAAUGAGUCUUUAUUAGGUUACAAUGUAUGCCACGUAUUGGCAUUCCACCAGGAUGCAGACUGCAGUAGGUAUGCUUGAAAUUUGUAGGCCAGCCAAGACUCAGGCUGGUACAUUCUCAGGUUGAACCAGAAUGUUGCAUCAGCUCAGCAGCUCAGCUGAAACCGCUUGGAUCUUUAGCUCAUAGAGUCGGCCGCAUUGCAGAGCCUGUUGACAUCAAAGUAACAGACUUGAUUCUUGAGACUGCCAACUGCUUGCAGGAUGCCCGCAACGGUUCAAAGAGACUGGCUACGCGACUCUUGUGGCAACUUUGCAUGUUCAAAGUAAAGAAGCUGUCUUUCAAUCUGCAUCCAGGUGCUAGAGCAAGUCCUUGUGACACAUUCCGACCUCGUUUUUGACCUUCAGCUCAAAAUAAGCUCUGCAGCACCUGCAAAAUUAUACUUACAAAGACAGAAUCAGAGGCGAAGUUCUGGCGACGUUCUGCUCUCCCUUUUUCCACUGUCAUCCACAGGCAAAGCUAGUUCCUGAACCCAAACCAGCACCAUUAGCUCAAGGAAGUGACUUUGGAUCCAGCUUGAACAUGGCAGACCUAAGACGGACGUGCUCUGGUUGCUUCCUGCUGCUAGCUGUGCUACUGGUAGCGCAGUUUCAAACAGCAGACGCAUGGGGCCUCAACCCCAAUGUUACUUGGCAAGACUUUAACAGCACGGUCAACAACACCGACUACAUGAAGCUCAACGAGAAGCCAGUGCUGAUGCUCGUCCACAAGAGCUGGUGCAAAGCGUGCCGGUUCCUUGUCGACAACCUCAACGACACAAACGACCCCAACGUUACUGAAUUUGUUACCCUCAGCCAGAACUUCACGAUGGUCGAUAUUACGGACGAGGACGAGCCUGAGGACGCCAAGUACGCUCCGGACGGCCGCUACAACCCACGCAUCGUCUUCCUGGAGCCCAACGGCACCGUCAGAGCCGACCUCAUGUGCACCUACAACUGCGACCCCAAGUACCUCUUCACGUACUCCUUUGCGGACCAGGUUGUCGAAAGCAUGAGGAAUGUCCUUGACGUGCUCGCUUCCGUUAUAGCCAAGCGACCAGCGGAGGUCAGGAAGUACGUCAGAGCUUACAAAGCGAGUCACAACGGCGCAAGCCCUUACAACGGCACAAGCCCUUACAACAGCACACGCCCUUACAACGGCACACGCCUUUACAACGGCACAAGCCUUUGAAGAAAUGGAGCCCGCUCAUUUAUCACUCGGUUCGAUUCUUCAGCGGAGGAAACAUUAUAGUAGGAUGAAGAUGCUCGCUUGAGUGAGUUAACAGAACCGACACCAAUCAGUGUGUACUGGCGUAGGGGAGUAUUUACGGUAGGAUAGGACUUGACACGACAAGCAGCUUUGUGACGGUCCGUGCAAACACUUUGUUUGCAUAAGAAGGCAAGAAAUUAGUCAAUUUUAAAUGUAGAGUUCAUAAAGUGGACUGAGAGAAUGAAAAUGAAGUUAGCGGCACGAAGUCUACCUGUGAGCUCUAGCGUCGUCUUUACUUGCGAAGAAUCCGAGCUUGUGACCUUAAGUUUGACUAUGUAUGUGCGCGCCUACGGGACGAUCUAGGAAUCUGGGACUCUUCAAGCAGGCACAUUGCAAGGAAAGUCUGCACAUCACUG